AUGGCAAUGGAAAUGGCGUCUUCCGUCUUGCUAACCGCUUUCUUUCUCUUCCCUAUAGCCUUUGCUGCCAACUCCGGCACCCUUCCCGCCUUCAAAAGCAUCUAUCAAUUUGGAGAUUCCCUCUCCGAUACCGGAAACUUACUCCGUUGGGGCACUAUGUUUUACCCCGCCGACAAACUCCCAUAUGGCGAGACCUACUUCCAUAAAGCCACCGGUAGGUUCUCCAACGGCCGCCUCAUCGUCGACUACAUCGCCACCGCAGCUAAGCUCCCGUUCCUCGACGCGUACCUGGACAAAAAAGGUUCAUUUGAUCACGGCGUAAACUUCGCCGUCGCCGGAGCAACGGCGAACGAGAGAGAAUUUUUCGACAAGCAAAACAUUUCCUACGGCGAAUUCAAACCUGCGAUUCUCGAGCAACUGGAGUGGUUCGAAGAGUUCAUUAACUCAACCUGCCGCGCCAAAUGCGCUGAAAAGUUCGGAAAAUCUCUCUUCAUCUUCGGAGAAUACGGCGGGAACGACUACUUCCCCGCCUUCGAGCAAGGAAAGUCCAUUGCUGAGGUCAAGACUUACGUCCCUCACACCGUCGCCUCUAUUAUCCACGGAGUUAAACGGGUCAUCCAUCACGGAGCAAAGCGGGUUCUAGUUCCGGGUCCCUUUCCGUUCGGGUGCUUGCCGUCGCUACUUACCUCCGCCGCCACCGACGACGCCGCCGCUUACGACCAAUUCGGAUGCCUGAAACAGUACAACGCCUUCAUCGCCUACCACAACAGCUUCUUGAGCGACGCUGUGUCUAAGCUCAACCGACAAUACUCCGGCAAAGGCGUCGUGAUCGUCUACGGCGAUUUUUACGGCGGUUUCAUGAACAUUUUGCACAACGCAAGAAAGCUUGGAUUCAAGUCGUUGGUGAAAGCUUGCUGCGGAGGGGGUGGGACUUACAAUUUCAAUAAGAACAAAUCUUGUGGAAGGGAGGGGGCUACGGUGUGCACCAACCCGAAGGCCGCCGUGCACUGGGACGGCGUUCAUCUCACCGACGCGGCUCACCACUAUAUUUCGCAGUUCGUCAUUGAUCAAGUGUCUAGCAAGCUCGCCCUAGCUUCAAUUUAG